AUGGACGACGACCUGGACGACGACUACCCCGAGGUGGAGGGCCUGGCCUCCUUCUCGGUCACGCUGGAGGGCUUCGGCGGCGCCGAGGCGCGAGGCGGCUGUGCAGCCGGCCACGGCGCGCCCACAGCCUCCUCGCUGGAUGAGGCCGCCCUCAUCAGCAACCCACUGCUGGCGGCGCUGCCCACACAGGCCAUGCGCCUGUCGGACGCCAUGAGCAUUCCCACCGGCCUGCCCCCCAUCUCCUCCGUGGCCAUGUCCAGCUGGCGACAGAAGCGCAAGAGCACGGGACUGACGCCGCGCGCUGCGCCCUGGGCCGGCCCCGAGUGGGUCCAGGCCCAGGCGCACGCCGGCUACAGCCUGGGCGCCAGCCCCUUUGGCACGUCGGUGGACAUGAUGAGCGUGGGCGGCGGCGGCGACCCCCACCUCUACUGGCACAUGCACAACGAAGGCGGUGGGGGGCAGGACACGCUGUCCGACAUGGGCAGCCUGAGGCAGAGCCUGGUGUUGCCCCAGCAGUAUGCGCUCGGCCCAGACGAUGACCUGGACGAUGACGUGAUGCUGAUGGGGAGCACGCCCGGCGUCGUGGCUGCACCCCAUUCCUCCCAUGUGGAUGGGCCCAUGCAAUGA